CAGCAGGUCCAGGUUUAUAUCCGAACCUGAAUGACAUGGUUCGGACUGAACCGUAUAAAGGGCAUCAGUCCACUAGUUCUCAGGCCACUGAACUGAAACCCUGAGCCGUGUGGAUGUUAGUAUUUGUCCAGAAGACCUUUUUUUCUCAACAUUUUUUGUCUUGUAGGACAUAUAGACUUUGUGCUGUUUCAGUUGGUUUGCACAUUACAACAGGAGUAUGAUACUCAGGAGAAAUUUCUACUUGCUGCCUUUGCUGUUACUAUGCAUCAGAGCACUACCUCAAGAUGGCCAUGUGGAAGAUGAAUCCAUCUUCGACCUUUUCAAAAUCAGCAGCAUCAGCAGAAAGACGAUUGGUGCCAAGCUCUUCAAGGGCCACGACUGGGACUCGCCUGCAUAUCGCUUCAUCCGCUUUGAUCACAUCCCUGCUGUGAGCACCCCGGCCCUCCAUCAGAUCCUAAAGCAGGUCCAGAACAAUGAGGGCUUUGUGUUUGUGGCCACCAUACGACAGGACAAGGGCUCCAGGGGAACCCUGUUUGGUCUGGAGGGCCCCAGUGGGAGCCGUCAGUUUGAGAUUAUGUCCAAUGGGCGCGCCAACACGUUGGAUCUACUCUACAUGGUCGAGGGAUCUCAGAAUGUGGUGUCCUUUGAGGAUGUGGACUUGUCUGAUUCGCAGUGGAAGAACAUUACGCUGUACAUUCACGGAGAGAACGCUCACCUCUACGUAGGCUGUAGCCUCAUUGACAGCGUGAUCCUGGAUGAGCCUUUCUAUGAACAUCUGCGGUCGGAGGGCAGUCAGAUGUUUGUGGCCAAGGGAUCUAUCAGGGAAAACCACUUCAGGGGUUUACUACAGAAUGUACAGUUCCUUUUUGACACACCAAUAGAGAACAUCCUAAGAAACAAAGGUUGUGUGAUCGCCAAACCUGAGGAAGUUAACGUGGUUAGUGAAAGUACAGAGACUGUGUCUGUUGGUAUGGCCAUCUCUACCAACUUCAUUGGGCAGAAGGAAAAAAUGGCAUCGGAUGUGUGCGAGCGUUCCUGUGAGGAAAUCACCAACAUGGUCCAGGAGCUCAAAGGUCUCCGUAUUGUUGUGGGCAAUCUCAUCGAUGGCUUGCAGAAAGUGACUGAGGAGAACACCGUGAUGAAGGAGGUGCUGGGGAACAUGAAGAACAUCAAAGACAAGCGCAUGUGCUGGCAAGACGGCCGUCUCUUUGAGGAUAAGGAGGACUGGGUUGUGGACAGCUGCACCAAGUGUACCUGUCGGGAAUCAAAGAUCGUAUGCCAUCAGAUCACAUGUCCUCCAGUAUCCUGUGCCAGCCCCACUUUCCUAGAUGGUGAAUGCUGUCCAGUGUGUCUGCCUAAAGACAGCGAAGAUGGCUGGUCGCCUUGGUCUGAGUGGACGGAGUGUACCGUUACAUGUGGAACAGGCACCCAGCAAAGAGGCAGGUCAUGUGAUGCCACAAGUAACCCCUGCAGUGGCCCCUCCAUCCAAACCCGCAGAUGCAACCUGGGAAAAUGCGACAGUCGUGUCCGUCAAGAUGGUGGUUGGAGUUUGUGGUCCCCCUGGUCGUCAUGCUCUGUGACGUGUGGAGAGGGACAGAUCACGCGAAUUCGCCACUGUAACUCCCCUGUUCCUCAGCUGGGAGGAAAGGACUGUGAGGGCAGCGGGAGAGAGACUAAAAAAUGUGAAGCCAAACCCUGUCCGAUUGAUGGAGCCUGGGGCCCAUGGUCUCCUUGGGCGAUCUGCUCUGCCACCUGUGGGGGAGGAACAAGGACACGAACACGCGUGUGUAACAGCCCUCAUCCGCAGUAUGGUGGCAAGAAAUGCCCAGGGGAGUCCAAGGACACUGAUUCCUGCAACAAACAGGACUGCCCUGUUGAUGGUUGUCUAUCUAACCCGUGCUUCGGGGGUGUUGACUGCACCAGCUCCACUGACGGCUCGUGGGAGUGCGGGCCCUGCCCUGUUGGUUUCCGUGGCAAUGGAACAUUCUGUGAGGAUGUGAAUGAGUGUGACAUGGUACCUGAUCUUUGUUUUAAAAGCGGUGAAUCCCAGCGCUGUGUCAACACAGACCCAGGAUUCCACUGCUUGCCUUGCCCUCCUCGAUACAAAGGCAAUCAGCCCUUUGGAAUGGGAGUGGAGGCUGCCAAGCUAAAUAAACAGGUAUGCGAGCAAGAAAACCCCUGCAAAGACAAGACUCACAACUGCCACAGGUCCGCUGAGUGUAUCUACCUUGGCCACUUCACUGACCCCAUGUUUAAAUGUGAGUGUAAGAUCGGCUAUGCUGGGGACGGCCUUAUCUGCGGCGAGGACUCUGACCUUGAUGGCUGGCCCAAUCAGAACCUGGUGUGUGGAGCCAACCAAUCCUAUCACUGCAAAAAGGACAAUUGUCCCAACCUUCCAAACUCAGGCCAAGAAGACUUUGAUAAAGACGGUCAAGGAGACGCCUGUGACAAAGACGAUGAUAAUGAUGGAAUAAUGGAUGAGGGGGACAACUGUCCUCUACUGUACAAUCCAAGGCAAUUUGACUACGAUAAAGAUCUUGUCGGUGAUCGUUGUGAUAACUGUCCAUAUGAGCACAACCCUGCUCAGAUCGACACAGACGGUAAUGGCGAGGGAGAUGCCUGCUCUGUAGACAUUGAUGGAGAUGAGAUUCUGAAUGAGCAUGAUAACUGCCCCUACAUGUACAAUACUGACCAGAAGGACACAGAUAUGGAUGGAGUGGGAGACCAGUGUGAUAACUGUCCUCUGCUGCACAACCCUGACCAGACUGACUCCGAUAAUGACCGAGUUGGUGACGAGUGCGACAACAAUCAGGACAUUGAUGAGGACGGUCACCAGAACAGCCUGGAUAAUUGUCCCUACAUUCCCAAUGCCAACCAGGCCGACCAUGACAAAGAUGGGAAAGGAGAUGCUUGUGAUUUUGAUGAUGAUAAUGACGGAAUCCCUGAUGACAAGGACAACUGCAGACUGGUGCCAAACAAAGAUCAACUAGACUCUGAUGGGGAUGGAAGAGGCGAUGUCUGCAGAGAUGAUUUUGACAAUGACAACAUUCCAGACAUUUUGGAUGUGUGCCCUGAGAACGACGCCAUCGGUAACACUGACUUCCGGAAGUUUCAGAUGGUGCAUUUGGACCCCAAAGGAACUACACAAAUUGAUCCCAACUGGGUGGUCAGACAUCAGGGCAAAGAGUUGGUUCAGACGGCCAAUUCUGACCCCGGUAUUGCAGUGGGUUUCGAUGAGUUCAACGCUGUGGAUUUCAGUGGCACUUUCUACGUCAACACUGACAGAGAUGACGACUAUGCGGGGUUUGUGUUUGGAUAUCAAUCCAGCAGUCGAUUUUAUGUGGUAAUGUGGAAGCAGAUAACUCAGACGUACUGGGAAGUUAAUCCUUCAAAAGCUUUUGGCAUCGCUGGAGUUUCUCUGAAAGUGGUCAACUCUACCACGGGCACAGGGGAACACCUGCGUAACGCCCUCUGGCACACUGGUGACACUCCUGGACAGGUCCGCACACUGUGGCACGACCCUAAGAAUAUCGGCUGGAAGGAUUACACUGCGUACAGGUGGCAUCUCAUCCACAGACCCAAGACAGGAUUCAUCAGAGUGGUGGUUUAUGAGGGGAAACAGAUCAUGGCAGACUCGGGGCCAGUUUAUGAUAAAACCUUUGCAGGAGGGAGAUUAGGACUGUUCGUGUUUUCCCAAGAACUGGUUUACUUCUCUGAUCUCAAGUACGAGUGUCGAGAUAACUGAGAAAGAGAAGAAAUGACUCCCUUAAAAAACUAUAGCACAACAACACAUUUUCACUCUCUGACAAAACACAAAAGACUUUGGUGGACUACAAAAAGGAAACAGGCCCCAAACCUCCUCCUGAGGAGAAAGAAUUAACUUAAAUUACAAGCACAUUUAUGGGGAUUUUUCUUAUCAAUGUUUUUGUGUCCUUGAGUCAGUAUUUUUUAGCCAAAGUUUGGGUACGGUUAAUUGAACAUUACAUGUGGUAUUUCUUUACAAAAUGAAACACAAUCUAGAGGAAAAGCAAUCACAAAGCUUCAUCCUCUGACAUCUUUAUCACCAACUGCUUUACUUGCACAAGAUUUUUUUACUUCCUGUGUAUUGUUACAAUGUGCAGAAUUUUUUCUCCUUUGGAUUUGUUGUUGUAAUGAAGACAAUAAGACAUCUUUUUCUACAACCCUCGAUUCUAACGGGUUUUGGGUUUUAUCAGCAUAUAAAUGUUUUAGAGACCUUUGAGAUGAAGAUGUUUAUAUUAAGACUGUAUCAUAAUUACUUGUGUAAAGUAUUUAUAUGACUCUUGCAAUUCAGUAUCAAGUUAUGUCUGUUUUUUUUUUUUGCGCAAUGCUUUCAGAACCUAGACAUUGUAAAUACUAAUUUAUUUGUUUACACUGACAAAAUUUGACUAUUGCAGAAAUAAAGAUUUUAAAAAGUACAUUUUAUUGCUGUGCUUCUAGACAUCCAUAAUGCAAUUUCAUGCCUAUGUAAU